GGCUGUGCGCGGAGGCUGUUUGCACGCGCCCCAUAGCUCACCCGCCAUGGCGGUGCCCGGCACCUUCCUCGCACCAGUUCUCCUCCUCUUCUGUGGGAUGGGCCCCUACCUUGCUGCUGCCCACAGCCCCCCAGGAGUGGAGUGUGUCCUCUUCAACGAGGAGUACAUGACCUGCAUGUGGGGGAGUAGAGAGAUGCUCACGACCAACUACUCCCUCUACUACUGGUAUGAGAACAAGCCCCCCGUGGUGGAGUGCAAGCACUACCUGCAGGACCGGGGCAUCAGCAUCGGCUGCCGCUUCCACCAGAGCGAGAUCAUCCAGUUCCAGGCUUUCCAUGUUCUCAUCAAUGCCAGCCUUGGUGGCAGGACCCUGGAGAUCCGCAGUGAGCAUAUGGAGCUGCAGGACCUGGUGAAACCAGACGCGCCUGUCAACCUGACCAUCCGCAACAUGAGCAACAACCAGCUGCAGCUGACCUGGACCUCCCCGUACCCCAAAGCCCAUUGCCUGGAGCAUGCUGUCAAGUACAAGAGCAACAAGGACACCAGCUGGACGCAGGUGCACCCGGUGAAAGGAGACGUCUUCUCCUUCCCCAGCGUAGAUUAUGAGAAGUACUACACCUUCUAUGUGCGCAGCAAGAUCAACAUCUACUGUGGCAGCACCCAGCUCUGGAGUGAGUGGAGUGUCCCCGUGGUCUGGGGCAGCAAUGCUACAAGCAAGGGCACAGUGGAGGAGCAGCCGCACUGGUUCUGGAUCCACACAGUCUUGAUCCCCGUUGCCUCCUGCCUGCUCUUACUGGUCCUCGUCAUCCUGCUAGUGCGCAUGGAAAGGGUGUGGGUCAUCCUCAUGCCCCGAAUCCCCAACCCCAGCAAAAACUUUGAUGAGCUCUUCAUCACCCACAAGGGCAACUUCCAGGAAUGGGCUGGCGUCCCCAAAGAUGUCAUGGAGAGCUUCAAGCCCAACUACAGCGAGAACAUCUGCUACGUGAGUGAGCUGCCCCCCAAGGAGAGCUACGAGCCCCUCAGGGAGGGCAGCAACCACCCACCGUCACUGAUACCCAGGGCCCCAGCUGCCCCCCGCAAGCCCAGCCCCUACAAGAACAGCUUCAUGGGAGUGUGAUGCACUGCUGCACCCCUGUGCCCUGCAUGCUCCGCACGCUCCGCACCCCCGCUGCCUGAAACCUUGCCGCCCCAUGGGCCUCGCUCCCCACUCCCACCCCGUCUCUGCCAAAUGUCUGAGACCCCCAGCCCUGCUCCCUGCCACAGCAACAUAGCGGCUGUACUGCACUGCAGGGUGCUAUGUGAGUGCAGUGUGCUGGGUGCACUGGAUGGUGCACCGGGUGCAGUGCUCAGUGCGCUGGGUGCACCAUGUGGUGCAAUGGGUGCACUGGGCAGUGCACAGGGUGCAGUGCGUAGCAGUCUGGGUGCACUGUUUGUUGCACUGGGUGCUCUAUGUGAUGCAUUGGGUGCACUGGGUGCUGCUCUGGGUGCAUUGCAGCACACUGGGUGCAAUGCACUGUGUGCUCAGCAACUGCCCUGUCCUUGGGGGCAUCCAGGAGGGCAGGGUGACAUCCCACCAUGAGCCCUGCCAUGCGCAGGAUCCCUCACGGAGUUGCCAUGGUGGAACAGAGCUGUGGGAGGACUGCUGGGCUCUCAAACUGCUAUCCCAUGAGUCCCUGCACUGGGCGCAUUGGAGCUGGUGGGGGCUUGCCAAGACCCCUUCCUGUUCUGAGGUGCCCACAAGCAUACCCAGGGACGUGUCCAGGUGAGGGGGCAGCCCAGGGGCCCGACACUAGCUGAUGCCAAGCCCAGCUGUAGCCAAGCAGGGAGGAGCCACUGGCUGACCGACUGGGAGCCCAGGGCUGAGGAGCACCAAGGGCCAGAGGGACCAAGCCACCGUGCCACCCCUGGCCCCGAGGGCUGCUGCCCUGGGGACACCAGGUGAGCCUGGCUGUCCCCCUGGGGCCUCACUGCUCCUUUGCUUGUGCCCUGGGUUUACUACUGCAAUAAAGCUCUGCUACUGUG